AGGCGGCUGCAUCAUGUCAGACUUCUGCUGAACGCUCCAAAGUUGGCUGUCAAGGAUUAAUCAGCGCUUGUAUUUGAUACUUUAUUUUUCCCACCUUGGAAAAACAAUAAAAUGCGAGCAGUGGCGCGUUUAAGUUUAGAAAUUAUUACUUGUCUACAUUAUGCAACUCUGAUCUCCCGCUGACACUUUGUACAUUAAAUACAGCACGAGGACGAUGGGGAUUUUUGCAUCCACGUUUACGCACCCGCAAUUUGGAAGUUAACCUAAAAGAGGAGGUGAAGCUGCCGAACUUGUUUUAGAAGUAAGUCGCCUUUUCCUCCUGCAGAAUCAUGCAGAGCAACAGCAGCACCUCCGGAUCUCUGACCGCUGUCAGUGUGUGCGGAGGAGAGGAAGAUGAACGCGAGAUCUCCAAACUGGUCAACCCCACAGGAGCAGCGUCCAACCUGGCUGCUUUUAACCUUUCCCUGAACUGCUGGCUUCACAUCCUCUCUAAGGAGUCCUCUAUGGAUCUACAUGGAGACGGUGCAAAUCUGGCAGUGCGAGUUCUCAUCGCUCUGGUCUACCUGGUGGUGUGUGUUCUGGGGCUUGUGGGUAACCUCCUGGCACUCUUCCUGCUUCAUUCCCGCCGUCGGGGCCACCAGCACUCUUCCAUUGACUGCUUCGUGAUGAGCCUGGCACUGACAGACCUCCAGUUUGUCCUCACCUUGCCCUUUUGGGCUGUGGACACGGUGCUGGACUUCCGCUGGCCCUUUGGCUGGGUCAUGUGUAAAAUUGUUAGCUUUGUCACCACCCUGAACAUGUACGCCAGUGUCUUUUUUCUCACUGCCAUGAGUGUGACCCGCUACCACUCCCUGGUCACCUCUCUGAAGACAGGCAGCCCUAGGAUCGCCACUGCUCGCACCAAGUGGGCCAGUUUAGCCAUUUGGGUGGUGUCACUGGUGGCUACUUUGCCUCAUGCUUUCUACUCCACCACAGUCCAGGUGUCUGCAGAUGAUGAGCUGUGCCUCGUGCGGUUCUCUGACUCUGAUUCGGGCCACUGGGAUCCCCAAGUCCUGCUCGGACUCUAUCAAACACAGAAAGUCCUCCUGGGAUUUGUGGUGCCUUUGAUUGUCAUCAGUGUUUGCUACCUCCUCCUCCUGAGGUUCAUCCUGAGCCGGCGUGUUGUAAGCAGCAUGGUCAGUGGGGGUGUCACAGAGAGGUCAGAGUAUGAGAGGAGCCGCCACCGCCGCCGCUCCAAAGUCACCCGCUCUGUCACCAUUGUAGUCCUGUCCUUUUUCAUCUGCUGGCUGCCCAACCAGGCCCUGACCCUGUGGGGGGUAUUGAUCAAAUUUGACUUGGUGCCCUUCAGUAAAGCCUUCUACAAUGCCCAGGCCUACGCCUUCCCCCUGACUGUGUGUCUAGCUCAUGCAAACAGCUGUCUCAACCCGGUGCUCUACUGCCUGAUCCGCCAGGAGUACAGAGCUGGACUGAAGGAACUUCUGGUCAGAGUGUCUCACUCUGUCCAAAACGUUCUCACUCUUGCUCUGAGAGGGAGGAGAGUGGAGGAGGCACCACACAGCUUGGUCAUGAUACACAAAGACAUCAACAUGUGAUUUAUUCUGUUAAUACUAUGGGGAAUGCUCCUUUAUGACCUUGUGUGCCAUAUUUUCUUUGGUGCCAUGUUCCUGUCUGAUUAGACUGUCAUCCCCCCAAAAUCAAUGUCAUCCAUCAAACCAGACACACACAUACACACACACACACAAAUUUGCACAGCUAUCCUUGUUAGGACCUUGCAUUGACUCAAUAACUCAUUGAUCCAUUUUGUACAGCCUAACCCUAACCUUGACCUUAACCUAACAUCAAUUCACACCUUACCCCUAACCUUAACCAUGACCACAGAAAUGAUGUUUUGCCGCAUUAGGAUUGGGCUUUGGUCCCCAUGAGGACCACUGGUCCCAGUAAGGUCAGUGUUUAUACCAGAAACGGUCCCAAUAAGGAUAGAAAAACUAUACACUCACCUGCUGCAAACGAACCUGAGCAGCUCUGUUUUAGUGUUAUUAUGCACACAUUCCUCAACUUCAUCAAACCCUCCUAUCAGUCGGCUCAGAGUCUCACUCUGGACUGGGCUUUUUCUCCCACACAAUCAAACAAAAUACAUUGUGAUGUUUGAAUAGUCCAACCUGUAAAGUGAUUUUUGUACUUUGCAUUGCAAAUGCCCACACAGGCAAACACUGUAAGAAUAUUACAUUUUAAUUAGGAUUGAUGUGUUGAAUAUUUAUUUGUGUUAUUGUUGCUAAUAAUGCAGCCAGGGUACUAGAAUCUCACACACUUCAC